AUGGUUCCAAAGACUUUUGAAUACCAUAAACUCGAGAAACGAGUUGCCGUCAAUCGACUGCGACUCGGGACGAUCAUCACCGGCAUCCAAGGGAUGACCAGGCUCAAUUCCGGAAAAGAGCCCAAGAUUGACGAUGAACGUCUCGAUUACUGGCAUGAUACCAAUGUAAGCGUCACAACGGAUGCUGCGCUGAAAGGGGAUGCUGGGGUUGAACUCAAGAUUGCCGCUCUUGGAGGCGUUGGGGGUGAAGGUAAAGUCGAAGGCGCCCGCGGCAAUGUCGAAACGUACAACUUCAGCGCCGUUGAUACUAUCGAGUUCGAACCCACACAGGAGGACUAUAAUGAUGCCGGCCGAGCUGAACAAGUACGGACCUUCUUAAAGAAUUCGAAUUAUGAGCCCGUCUUCUACAUUACAGGUAUUAAGGUUGGCAGAGCCCCAACUGAAGAAGGUUUUGAGCCAACAUUCGAAGCCACUAGGGUGAAAAGUUUGGGGGGAACUCUGAGCUUGGGAAUUAAUAUCCCAACUACUGCCUCGGUCGGGCCGAAGAUGAUGGGAUCAAAGAGCUUAACUAUCACUCAGCAAUACAGAGAGCAUAACGACUACAUCUUUGCAAUCAGAGUCCAGAAACUGCGGUACAAGAAAACGAGAUUAUUUGGUCCCAGAGCGUGGGUUAACAAGUCAUACCGCGACGGUGGUGAACUUGCUGGCCUGGGCAACGAAGGACAAGAGGAAAAGGAGCCGGAGAUUGCUUUUGACGAAAUUGAAGAGGUUGAUCUUGGGGAAGAUGAUCUGAAGGGCUACAAGCGGACUACAGGAAUUGACCAACGAGGUAAACAAAUUACCUACGUGGUUCCCAACGGGUGGUGA